UUUUUAAUGACGGGGAUGUUAAUUCCUGGAGUGAUUGCGGGAUUUAGUGGGCGGAGCUGAGAGCUGGAAUAGCUGAAUGCCAUACUGACCUAAAAUCCGUAAAAUCCAAGGCAGACGGUAAAGCAGUAUAUCCGGGCAGCAGAUCGCGAUCAGCACUACUGGCACUGGGUGGAAACGGGGAAGGUGAGGUGGACGGACAGAGAUCUCCAGUACAGAACGACAUGGCCGUCAGCAAAGCGCAGAGUUUCCUGAUCACCGGAGCCAACCGGGGCCUCGGCCUGGAGAUGGUCAAACAGCUGGCUGAGUCCCGAGCUUCCACCUGCCGGCUGUUUGCCGCCUGCCGCGACCCCGAUGCCCCAAAGUCGCAGGCCCUGCAGGAUCUGGCUAAGAAGUACCCCAAAGUCAUCACUGUGAUCCAGCUUGAUACCACAGACCCAAGAAGCGUGACGGAGGCAGUGAGUAAGGUGGGGGCCAAGCUGGAGGGGGGUGGACUGAACGUGCUGGUGAACAAUGCAGGUGUGAUGUCACAGGAUAACUUGCUAAACACCAGCGAGGAGGACUUCCAGGUGGCGAUGGACACCAACCUCAUGGGCCCAGUCAGAGUCACUAAGGAGUUCCUGCCCUACCUCCUCCAAGCCUCCAAAGCCUCCACCCAGCCGGGCAUGUCCUGCUCCAAAGCUGCUGUGAUCAACAUCGCCUCCGUCAGGGGGUCCAUUACAAAAACCCCAGAGACGUACAUCGCCUUCCCCGGCAUCUCCUACAGGAUCAGCAAGACUGCGCUGAACAUGUUUAACCGGUGUGCCGCGUUUGAGUUCUCCAAGGACGGGAUCCUCUUCGCUGCCAUUCACCCUGGCUGGGUCCGCACGGAUAUGGGGGGUCCUGAUGGGGAAAUCGACGUGGUAGAGAGUGUGCAGGGAGUUCUGAAGAUGAUGGGCUCCCUCACUGAGAAGGAGAAUGGAGCCUUCCUGGAUUACCAUGGCAAACAACUGCCUUGGUGAACACAGGCGCCGCCCAAAAGGAUCCGAAUAAAGGUGGAUGUGAAUAAUAAUGCGAUUCUGUUUUGUGAUUGAUGGGCAGUACUCCUUAUUGUCUUGACAGAGAUAGCAGCUAAUCAAUUAAUUUCAGCUUCUCAAACAUUUAAUCCAUCCAUUUUCCAACUACUUAUUCCGCAGGAGCGAUCAUAAACACUUUUUUCAAGUGGGGGGCCAUAAUUCAUGCAGAGGAGCCUAGCUUAUCAUCAGCCAAUAAAAUAUUUUUAAUGGGUGAGUGACAAGGCAGGGAGCGUUCCAAGAGCCAAUCAGCUGGGGCCAGUGCACCUGUGGCCCUGCCCCUAUAUUCAUCCCUGUUAUCUAGUAUGAGAAGACAUCAUUUCACUUGCUGUAUGUGUGUUUAUUGCUGGAGGAAGGCAAGGCAAGAGGAGGAAACAAUCUCUACUCCACACACAGAUGAUGAGGUGGGAUUUGAGGUAUGAGGAGGCAAUGCUAAGUGAUAAAAACAGCCACUGCUGGAAAAUAGCGAGAGAGGUAAGGAGCGUAUGCUGAUUACCGUCUCAGGGAUGAGAGCCGUGCGGUGGGUGAUACCUCAGCACCACACUAGUCCGAGUGGAAAAGCAUGAGUUUUUCAGUGGCUGGAGUGCCAGUCCUGCCAUCAACCCCCAGAUUAGUGUGCUGGAAAAUACUGAGAAGGUCUUUGUUUUUCAAUUUGAAAUAUCUGUAACUUGCUCAGUUAUGACACUCGGUAUGUUACAAUUGAGGAACCGAGACAAAAAUAACAAGUCAAACCAAAAAAACGCACGUCAGCAAAGAUUACGAUGACAGAGUAAAGCUUACUGUCGAGUUAUAAACCAAGGCCGCCAUAAACAGAGUGGAAACCCUGAGUAACUCAGGGAGUUUCACACAUUAGAAGCGACCCUGGGGCCUCAUUUAUAAAAUGAUCGUAUGUACAGAUUUGACCUUAAAUUGUGCGUACGGUGAAAUCCGCAUCGAUGCUCAGAUUGAUAAGACUGGUAUUUAUCUCCACAUCAGGUUCAGAUUGGCGUACGCACUUUUCCCGUUUCCAUGGCUACGCACGAUUUCACAAUCAUUUGCGAUUUAUAGAUUAUAGAUGAUGCUGAUUUCUAUCAGACCUCCAGCUUGGAAACGCCCCCUGCAUGAUGUCAUUAGCAUAUAAAUGGGCUCGAACCAAAGCCCAAAUCAUCUACUUGAUAAUGGUGAGCUGCAAAAAGAAGAAUGUGAGUGAGGCUGAAACAGAGGACCUGAGGUGCAAGUGCAUGCAGGGGCACUGGGCGGGAACCUUUCGGAACCGUCUAUAAUUAUUAUUAUUAUUAUUUUUAUUAUUAUUCAGAAACAUUGAAGCAGCAAACGACAUGUUGACACUGUUGGAUUUCUAACUACCUGCAGGAUCCCAACAUUCCCAGAAGGAAAAGUGCGUACACCAAGUCUGAACCUGACGUGGGUAUAAGCAGACCUACUUUUCCACGUAGACCCUUCUUAUAACUUUGGUAUAGAUUUGAUGGUACGCACAGUCUAACAUCAAAUCUGCCCUUAAGAACAUUUUAUAAAUGAGGCCCCUGGGGAUAAAUGAGGGAGUUCGAUUUCUAUUCUACUACCCUGCCGUACCGGUAUGACUCCUUCUCAAGCGAUUUGACCAAUUGGAACAUACAGACGGUUUCGUUGGUGAGCUUAACUCCCAGCCAAGUCUGCUAAAAGUCACCGAACUCGAAACUCAAUUAUAAUGCCAAUGGUGAAAGAUACACUGGAAACGAUAAAAUGUCAAUCUGCGUUACCUCAAAAUGCUUCUGUGGCUCAGCAUGCGACAGACUGAAUGAAUACUGCGAGCCAACACCGUCAACCGCAUGUAAAACACGUUAGUCAUGAGUAUUAAUAUUCUUGGUGCAAAGUCAGAAAAAAAGUACCAAUUUGUACCUUUGAGAGUAUGAUUGCUUGUUACUGUGGCUUUAUUGUCAUGGGUUUGCCAAUUGUACCCUAGCUAUAGGUCAAUGUACCUUUUAAGGUACAGAAAUGGACCCUGAGAAAUAUUUUCGUACCAUUGGGGGUACAUUAAUGUUGCUUGUACCUUGGGGAACAAGACUGUACCAGGGCUGUACCUUUGUUUCCGACAGUGUAGUUUAUCCAAUCUUGCUGAGACUGCAAGUCUAUCUGCCAAAUCAAUGUUGCCCAAGCAAAGACUCCCAGCUAAGCACGGCAUCCGGACGGCCUCCGAAAACAUGUAAUCAGAGCAUAGUCACCAAUAAGCUUUUGAAUAUUCUCUGUCUAGACAAAGAAUCUUCCACAGGCUUCCACUGAAGCAUCAGAUCAAUGGGUGUCUAUGGGCUGUAUCGAUCCGGGUUUCAAAGGGAAAAUUAACGUAUAUCUUGACAAAAGCAACUCCUGUGAAACGGUCCACAUUGUGGUUCAAUUAGUAAGAGA